GUCACUUUUUCCCAAUCUCUGUUUUCUUCCCAACUCUUAGCUUCCUAAUUUCCUUUUCAAAUGAAGCUUGUAUUUUUAGCUUGAACAUUUAGCACAGUGAUGUAUUACUAAUAGCCCACUGUCGCCGCCAAGGGCCCAAAGAAAAGCCUCGCAGUAUUCUGUUCGUUCCAAACGCAAAACAUCCGGGCAGUAGAGAAGGCAAGGGUUUCUAACACUUUUCCCCCUAAUCUCUUAUUUCUUCCCAAAUUAAACCAAAUUUCUGUUGUUUCCAAAACCUUGUGGGCUAAAUUGGAAUGCUAUUGGAAUGCAAAUCGAUUUUAACUUCGGUUUCCAGUUUAAUGGCGAGUUGUCGGAGAAAAUCCAAAGAGGAUGCAGGAAGGGACGUAAUAAGUGAACUGCCAGUGGAAGUGAAAGAAAGGAUUCUGGAGUGUUUGCCUACUCGAGACGCAGCCAGAACUGCUCUGCUCUCUACUCAAUGGAAUGAGGUUUGGUUGCGGCAUGGGCAGCUUGUAUUUGAUAAGGACUUCUUGAAAUGCCUCUCAAAGUACGAAUGUGAGAAAGGUAUGGCUCUGAUUAACACAAUAAAUGAUAUUCUCAUGCUUCGUGCUGGACCCAUUGAAAAAUUUACUCUACAAGUUCACCGCACAUCGGAUCCUCAGCCCCAGCAGUGUGAUUUAGAUCGGUGGUGUCGUUUUCUUUCGAGAAAUGGUGUACAGGAACUUAACUUGUAUAUUUCGCGUAACCAUAAGCUUCCAUCUUGUAUAUUCUUGUGCGGCACAAUUAAGCAACUGACUAUGGGUGGUUUCAUUUUUGAUUUGCCUGUCCCUAGUUGUAUAUUUCCCAGCGUAACUUCAUUAUUUUUGGAGAAUGUUGAAUUUAGUGAUAAUGCUAAGGAAAUUGUCUACAGUGUUCCUAAUCUUGAGGAGCUGAUUUUCUGUGGUUGUAAAGGGAUUACUAAUUUUGAGAUCAGUAGUGCAAAACUUGAUAGAUAUAUUGUUAUUGGCUCUCUGUUUUGGAUGAAGCUUGAUGAAUCUAGAUGGUUCAUGCGUUGUUUGAAAACAAUUAAGACCCUUAUCUUGGGUGCCCGUUUUUUGCUGUGUAAAGAUGCAGAAAUAGCGAAUGUGACAUUCCCUACCGCAAUAAAUUUGCAAGUGAUUGAGUUGUAUGAUUUAAGUGUUUCAUGUGCAGCGCAGUUUGCCUUUGUUUUGCAGUUGCUUCAAAAUUCCCCCAACCUAUGCCAGUUGAAGAUUAUGGCAUUGAAUUGUCUAUGUUCUUGUGAUCUAACAACGGGCACAAGUCUUUUGGAGGAACAAAACUGCUGCAUUAUUAAGCAAGAUCUGAAGAUUCUUAACACAAUCAUAAUUGUCGGGUUUAGUGGAUUUACACUUGAAAUGCUUUUUGUGAAAAUGCUGCUCACAAAAUCUCCUACACUAGAGAGAGUUGCUAUUAUGGAAUAUGUUGAUACUGAUAUAGAAGAUACCUCCGAAGAUGUCAAUAGCUGGCGAAAGGAAUUGUUGUGUUUUCCUCGCGCAUCUCCGAAAGCACAACUUGUUUGCACUGAAAAUGACGACUCCGUGUUUGAACUAUUUGAUUAUAUGUGGUUUUAACCUUGUAGGAAUUUAGUAUGAUGAGGCUCCAUGGGUUAAGUUUGGAUGCAACCUAGAAAUGUAAUCAAAUGGUUGUGGUGGAAGUUGAAACCUUGUACCUAAGUAUUAUGUUGUAAUUAAAGUAUUUUGAAUCUAUAAGCAGUAGACUCCAAGAAUAUGAUGUUCUUCUGAUCUUUUUACUUUUGUUAA